GGCGGCCAUGGUUGUAUGGCUUUCCUCGGCGGCAUAUGCAGAGCAGGGAACAGCCACUUUUUACACGCCUCCUUACGUUCCCUCCUCAUGCAACGGAUAUCAAAACGAUGGUGUGCUGAUUGCUGCAGCAAGCGCUCCCAUUUUUAACAAUAAAGCUGCUUGUGGAAGAAGCUACAGAGUAACAUGCACCGGCGCUACUAACCAAGGUGUGCCACAACCUUGCAAGGGUACCAGCGUUGUGGUUAAAAUUGUGGAUCUCUGUCCUUCUCCUGGAUGCCAAGCAACCCUCGAUCUCUCUCAGGAAGCCUUUGCCACCAUUGCUAACCCCGACGCGGGCAAGAUCACGAUUGAGUAUAAUCAGGUUUGAAGCUAAGCUAGCUAGCUCUCUAAGCCAUAUGGAGGAGCAAAUUAUUAUGCGACGCAAAUUUUAUGCCACAAUUUGUGUGAAACUUUUAUGUUUCGUUGAAGUCAAGUCAUGAAUAAGAAAGCAGCACUUUGUGUGAAACAUUUAUGUUUUGCACGUGAUAAUUAAAUAAAGAGGGCCCUUGCUGUUUAUACAAAA